AUGGAUACACAUUUGACAGGAGAGAAGGACUCGGAAGAUCUCACGACCAGCCUCCCCGACAUCAGCCAGACCGAAUUACCCCUAGAAAAAUGGAUCACCGGCUGGAAGUUGACAGCUGUCUUUACAGGCAUCACCGUUGUGAGCUUCUUGAUGCUGCUCGAUAUGUCUAUAAUCUCAACGGCCAUCCCUAGAAUCACCAGUGAUUUCCACUCUCUCGAAGAUGUGGGCUGGUACGGCAGUUCGUAUCAGUUGGCCAGUGCUGCUCUACAGCCAUUGGCUGGCAAACUCUAUGCCAAUUUCAACUCGAAAUGGACUUUCUUUACGUUCUUCACCGUUUUCGAACUGGGGUCCCUUCUCUGCGGUCUCGCUACCUCAUCCAAGAUGUUGAUCGUUGCACGUGCUGUGGCCGGCAUCGGAGGUGCUGGCAUUCAGACAGGCGCUUUCACCAUCAUCGCCAACUCAGUUCCCAUGAGCAAAAGGCCUUCAUUGAUCGGAAUGUCUAUGGGCAUAGCGCAGAUGGGACUGGUGAUAGGUCCCUUGCUUGGGGGUGCAUUGACUGAGUUUUCGACCUGGCGCUGGUGCUUCUACAUCAAUUUACCCAUUGGAGGAGUUGUCGCGGCCUUGAUUGCUUUCAUCGACAUUCCAGAGCAGCUGCACAAGCCUGCAGCGUUGACAGUUGCUCGCUCGAUCCACCGACAGUUGGACCUUGUUGGUUUCAUCUUGUUCGCCCCAGCUGCGAUUCAAUUGCUUCUAGCGUUGCAAUACGGGGGCAACGAGUACCCCUGGAGUAGCCCUACCCUCAUUGGUUUGUUCUGCGGUGCAGGCUGCACCUUCAUCGUCUUUCUUGUUUGGGAGUACCUCAAAGGCACAGAUGCGAUGAUUCCAUUCAAGAUCCUGUCGAAUCGGGUGGUAUAUUGCAGCUGUCUGAAUUUCGGAUUCCUGAUGAGUCUAAUCAUCUGCAAAGACUACUACGUUCCAAUCUACUUCCAGGCAGUCAAGGGGGCCUCCCCCCUGUUCAGUGGCUUAUUCCGUCUGCCCACUAUGGUACCGCAACUGCUUGCAGCGCUCUCCGUGGGCAUGCUCGUCGAAUGGCAGGGCUAUUACCUGCCAUACGUUCUCAUCAGCUCCAUCUUCAAUGGCGUCUCAAGUGGUUUGAUGGCUACUUUCAUGCCAGACACACCCAUUGGCAAAUGGGCUGGGUACCAGGUAUUGGCAGGUGUGGGCGAAGCCAGCGCGUCUCAGCCUGUUGUUGCCGUGCAAAGCACGCUCCCGCCCCCCGAGGUACCUAUUGCAAUGGGCUUGCUAACGUUCAGCUCAACCCUGGGGGCAUCUCUCUUCCUAAGCUUCUCGCAGACCAUUCAAAAUACAGGUUUGAGGGAAUUGCUGCCGCGAUAUGCACCACAUGUCAGCGCCCAAGAGGUGCUUACAGCUGGAGCAACUGGAUUUCGGAGUGUCGUAUCGGUCGCGGAUCUCCAUGGGGUCCUCCUAGCGUACUCGAAGACCAUCGACCGCGUAUUCUACCUCUGUGCGGGUUGCUCCUGCGUGUGCUUCGUGGUUGCAUGGGGUAUGGGAUGGGGUAGUAUCCGGUCUGAGAGGAAACAAGAAGAAGCAUCGAGAUCGUCGGUGGAGACAGCCUAA